GGGUGAAGCUGGGUCUGCGCUCGGUCCCGGUGGCCACAGCUUGUGUGCUGUACCACCACUUCUUCCAGCGGGCCAGCGUCCGGGUUUACGAGCCCUACCUGGUGGCCAUGAGCUGCUUGUACCUGGCUGGCAAGGUGGAGGAGCAGCACAUCAGGACCCGUGACAUCAUCAACGUGAGCCACAGGUACUUCAACAAAGGCAGCGCUCCACUCGAAUGUGACAAGGAGUUCUGGGACCUGCGGGACAGYGUGGUGCAGUGUGAGCUCCUCGUCCUCCGACAGCUCAACUUCCACGUCUCCUUCGAGCACCCUCACAAGUAUUUGCUCCACUACCUGCUAUCUGUGAAGUGUCUGGUAAACCGCCACGCCUGGGCUCGUACCCCCGUGGCCGAGACCUCCUGGGCUCUGCUGAGAGACUGUUACCACGGAGACAUGUGUGUUCGGCACACGCCGCAGCACGUCGCCAUAGCAACGCUGUACCUGGCCCUGAACAGCUAUGGCGUGGAGCUUCCUGUCGGCGAGAAGGCGUGGUGGCAGGU